ACAGUGAGCUAAAUUAAGCAAUGGAGGAUCCUUUAAAUGCAUAUACAGUGUAGGUAUUGAGGGAUGUUAUGUAAAACUUGCUAAAAUUAUUGUGCGUUUGCUUCUACUCUUAGGAAAACGUACCUCAAAACUGUAGUAGUACUUUGCAUUUCUAGAAUUUAAACUUAGGUAAAGAUAAAAAAUAGAGACCACAAACGAUUUUUAUCACUUCUAGAGCUCCUGCUUUGCACUGGGCACCAUGCUAGGACUAUCAUAGUUAAUUCUUUAAAAUUGGAGUGUCCCAUUAGAAGACCCCCCAACUUAGGCUUCUUUAUCUCCACCUCCUUCUUGGGUGAUCUAUCUAGUCUGUGGCAGUACAUGCCCUCUGUAGAUAGACUGCACACUUGACAUCUCCAGCUGGAUUUCUAACUCCCCGAGGCUGCUGCUCCCCAAGGCUGAACUGGAGGGAAGAAGAAAUGUUGCUUCAAAGUAAGGUAUAGAAAUCACAAAUGUCUUCAAAGGAUGGGAGAUCCAGGAAUCGAGACAGGCACUACAACGAGGUCCCCAGGGACUUGGCCCAUGAAGAUGGCACCAUAAGAACCCUCCAGACUCUCCGUGACAGUGAGCUGGCUGUGAGCGCUGAUCCUUUGCCUCCACCCCCUCUCCCAUUACAGCCACCAUUUGGCCCUGACUUCUACUCAAGUGACACAGAGGAACCGGCCAUAGCACCAGACCUCAAACCCGUAAGGCGCUUCGUCCCUGAGUCCUGGAAGCACUUCUUCAGAGGGAAGAAGAAGGACCCAGAAUGGGAUAAGCCGGUGUCAGACAUCAGAUACAUCUCAGACGGAGUGGAGUGUUCGCCUCCAUCCUCUCCAGGGAGACAAAACCACCACUCACCCCCCGACUCCCACAAAGAUCCUUACGGAGGGUCAGAAGGAACCUUUAAUUCCCGGAAAGAGGCUGAAGCGAUGCUUCCCCAGGAUCCCUACGGGUCUCUGGGCCGACACACACAAACGGCUCUAACGUACAGUGAGAAGGUGGAGGCCUACAACCUGAGGUACUCCUACAUGAAGUCGUGGCCCGGCCUGCUGAGAAUCCUCGGGGUGGUGGAGCUGCUGCUGGGGGCGGGCGUCUUCGCCUGUGUCACAGCUUACAUUCACGCUUCUGUCACCACCAUUAUUAUUCUGGUUCUUGGCAUGUCCAUGUAUUAUCGGACCAUUCUUUUGGACUCUAACUGGUGGCCCCUGACCGAGUUUGGAAUUAACAUUGCCUUGUUUAUUUUGUAUAUGGCUGCAGCCAUAGUCUAUGUGAAUGAUAUCAACCGAGGUGGACUCUGCUACUACCCAGUAUUUAAUACACCAAUGAAUGCAAUGUUCUGUCGGGUAGAAGGAGGACAGACAGCAGCGAUGGUCUUCCUGUUUGUCACCAUGAUUCUUUAUCUCAUCAGUGCUUUGGUUUGCCUCAAGUUAUGGAGGCAUGAGGCAGCUCGGAGACAUAGGGAAUACAUGGAACAACAGGAGAUAAGUGAGCCAUCAUUUCCAUCGAAAAGAAAAAUGUGUGAAAUGGCCAUCGGCGGUGACAGACAGAGAGACCAAGAAGUUCAUUUCAAAGAAUUGAGACCAACAAAUAUGAAACCUGAAAUACUGAGUGCACAUGUCCCCUCGGGCCACAUUCCCAAACCUAUCAUGUUGCCUGACUAUGUGGCAAAAUACCCUGUGAUUCGGACAGAUGAUGAACGGGAGCGCUAUAAGGCCGUGUUCCAAGACCAGUUUUCAGAGUACAAGGAGCUCUCUGCAGAAGUCCAGGCCGUCUUGAGGAAGUUCGAUGAGCUGGAUGCAGUGAUGAGCAGAUUGCCGCAUCAUUCGGGAAACCAACAGGAACAUGAGAGAAUUUCAAGAAUCCAUGAAGAAUUUAAGAAAAAAAAGAAGGACCCUACGUUUCUGGAAAAGAAAGAGCGCUGUGAUUAUCUAAAGAAUAAACUUUCUCACAUAAAGCAACGAAUUCAAGAAUAUGAUAAAGUAAUGAAUUGGGAUGUACAAGGUUAUUCUUAAACCUUAUCUGAAACCACUUUUUUAAUAUCAAACUUAAUAUUUA